AUGAUUUCUAAUAAAUAUAAGAAGCAUGACCUUUACGUUUAUGAACUGUCCCCAACGAUAUUGGAUUCACUGAGGCUACUAUAUUUCGAUAAUAAUUUAAAUCAAGUGAGUAAGCCUGUCCAAGAAAAGGAAGAGUUUGCAAUUCCCUCUGAUGAACAAUCAAUAAAUGCCCUGAAAACCAAAGAUGUUUCCACUAUUUUGCAUUGUAACGUUUGUCAAAUUAACUUUGAUGAUAGAGCUCUCCAAAAGUUACAUUACCAAACUGAUUUCCACACUCUAAAUUUAAAAAGAAACUUAAAAAACCUCCCAAUUAUCACAGUGGAAGACUUCGAAAGAGAUAGGGGAAGACAGGAAUCUAGCAAAGAGAAAUCAAGUUCGGAGCCAGACUCUGAUCUUAAUUUAAUUGAUGAGAUGGAAGAGGACUCAAGCGCUAGUGAUAAAGAUGAUGAAACUAAUGAUAUAUAUGAAGAAUCUGUUCGGGAUAUCUCGCAUAGAUUAGAAGAUCUUUCUACUAAUGAAGAAGAUACAAUCCUAAUAAGUCAUUUGAAUACAAAAUCUGCUCACAUUUAUUUCCAAUCCAGUCUUCUGCCAGAAACUGAGAUUUUUGGUAUCUACAAGUCCCUAUUUGACAAGACUACUAUUUCGAAUCCAUAUGAGACAUUGAAACUAUGGAAUACUGGAUCUUCAGAAGUUGGAGCAAUUUCAGCUCUUUUCAUGGUUGGCGGUGGUCAUUUUGCAGGAGCAAUUGUUUCACACCAGAGAGUAAAUGUGGGUGGUAACGCCAAGAAACAGGAUGUCAAUUUUCAGGAGCAAGCUGUCCUUUUCUUAGAACAUAAGACUUUCCACAGGUAUACGACUAGAAGAAAGCAAGGUGGUUCUCAGUCAGCAAUGGAUAAUGCAAAAGGGAAAGCGAAUUCUGCCGGGUCCACUUUGCGUAGAUAUAAUGAGGCAGCUCUUAAGAUAGAUAUUGAAAACUUGUUAAAAGAUUGGGAACCAUACUUAGCAAAGUGUGAAAACAUCUUCCUACGGGCUCGUAGUGCACAAGAUAGGAGAGUAUUUGUAGAAUCUACCUGUAUCAAAAAAGAAGACCCUAGAUUAAAAAACUUCCCAUUUACCACCAGCAGGCCUACAGUUGCUGAACUAAGAAGGGCUUGGUGUGAAUUGACUUAUCUGAAGAGGCUUUCUAAGCCCGAACCACUAAUGACAAAGGUUCCACUAACUGAGAACACCUCAAAAAAGAGACAAGCACAGAAGGAGCCGGUAUCAACACCACAGAGCAAAGAAGAAAAACAUACUGAAGAGUUGAUAUCUUUGUUGAAAAAAGGGAGAGCGCCUUUAUUAAUUGCAUAUCUAAGAAAAAACAAGUUGGACGUAAACUUCCACUUAGAACCUGAAUCUCAGUAUAUUUCAACACCAAGUCUGCUGCAUUAUGCGUCACAAAAUGGUCUCAAGCAGAUGGUUAUGAUUUUGCUUUCUAAUAUGAAGGCCGAUCCCUGUAUUAAAAACAACAUUGGCAGGACUGCAUGGGACAUGACUAAAGAUAAAAAGGUGAAGCAAGCAUUUCAGAUAUCUAGGUACAACCUCGGAGAAAAAUUCACGAAUUGGGAAGAAUCACACAUUGAUAGAGCUGUAAGCAGAGAGGAGGUUGAUAAAUUAAAUGAAGAGGAAGAAAACCUUGCGAAGCAAGAAACAAGUGACAUCAUGAAAAAAGAACUAGAGGCAGCGAAAGAAAGACAGAUGAAAGAAAAAGAGGCUAAAAGAGGAGUUGGAAGAAAACUGGAGCCCGGUGCUAUAUCAAUCGAACAAAAUUUAAAUUCACUCACUGAUGAACAAAGAAGAAGGUUUAUGCGUGAACAGCGUGCAAGAGCUGCCGAGGCGAGAUUACAAAACAAUAAAGGAAAAUAA